AUGCGACGGGUGGGUUUGGAAUAAUGAGGCUCGUCGUGUGCAGGCAAAGCAGGGAUAACCCGGUUAGCCGGCUCUCUCCGAUACGCUAAGCCGAGACGCGUUGUCUCUGUUUUAGACACGCAUCGACCACAUAAAUACCGAGGGCCCGAGAGAUCUGCGUCGCGAAGGCCGAGCGGGCGCGAAAACUACCGGUGGCACGCGUCGCACUUUCGGGAUCGGGAGGAGCGAGCUCGAGUCUUGGAGGCGUUUCGGGCCUUCCUAGCUGUUGGUUUUCAGUGUUUGAGGCGGGACGAGGCCCACAAGCCCCUGGAGACGCUCGACGCUUUACAGUACGCGGAAGAGAUAGAACGAGCCGAACACUGCGACUGGGCAACCCAGCUAGGUAAAAUUGAUGUUGACGUGGAACCUGCUGCUGAUGGCGCCUACGCCUGCACGGCGCGGUUCCGGCAGCGGACGGAGCCGCCGCCCGACUCGCCCGAAUCAAUGACGGACUGGACGCUGAAAGUUAAAUUAAGGGUCUGGGACGCGGCGCCCUUCCUGGGGGCGCCGCCGAAAAUGACGGCGCAAUUAGUUCAUUUACGUCAAACUAGGCUGAAGGCAUGUACGCCGCCGGAAACGCCAAGGACGCCCGGCACGAUCAAGACACGGAAAUCUAGGUUUCGGCUCUCGUGGCCGUCUUUUUUCAGACGGAAGCCUCAAAACCGGGACAGCGUGGACACCCGCUUCCGCCCCGGCGAGGAGGCCGUGUCGCCGAAGUCGCCCGCGCAGCAGAUGGUGCGGCGCGCGAGCUCCGGGCUCAGCUCCCUCGGCACGGCCGCUAGAACGUCGGCGGGGUCGUUCUCGAAGUUCCGCCGCGCCAUGUCAAUGCGGUCAACGGAGUCGCCACUCUCCGGCGGCGGCGAGUGA